AUGGAAAACUACAACCGGUUCUUACUCCAGCAGCUAAACCCAUUGCUACGAAUACACAUUGAGCCUGGUAUCAUUGACACCAAUGAGGUCAAGACUUUACUAACUCAAUUUGAAUUAUACAAUGUCAAGGAUAAAGUAUGGGAUAACAGUGCUAUACGCAAUAGAUUAACUACUCCGAAAUAUAUAAUCAAUACUGACCAUGAAGAGACGGUUGAUCUACCAAAGAGGGACAAGCUACCCAAUCAACAUUCAGCCAUAUCCCCUUUCAACAAAGAUUCACCAAUUUUCCCCAAUGGAAUAUUGACUCAUCAAUGGUUUGAAAAAUGCAUCACCAAACUCCCAUUUGGAUUGAUCUACGUAUGUGAGUUGGAGGGACCUGGUAACGACGUGGAAGUAAUCAUCAGUAUGAAGAAAUUAAAAUUGAAAUUGGAAGAAAUUGAUUGUAAAUUGAUAUUGUUGUUGAUUACACCACACUCUAUAGAUGAAGAACGAAUGAGUAUGUUUCGAGCUGAAUUGAAUUUCCCCAAACCACAAUUUUUAUUCAACUUAUCAAAAGUGUCAUCACCACUGGUGUCGACGUUGCAGCUGAAUUGUGAAGUUCUCGUAAGCAAAAUCUUGUCGAGCUUGACAAAGACAUCUCAUGACUACUAUGCUAAUCUAGAGUACAAGUUGAAGCAACGAUACAAAAAGACAUAUGAUAUACCACCAACUGAUGAGGUGGACACCUCAAUCGAACUCACACCAAAAUUUCUUGAAGUUCGUAACAUGAUUAAACAAGGUAUGAUUUUGCAAUUUAUGAAUCCAACAAACUUGGAACCUGGAGUUAAGAUUUUGGAGAUUGCCUAUCAGGACUUGAUCUCGAUAAUUGAAGGUGUAUACGCGGUAAAUUUACUGGAUCAUGAUAACACUAUUAUAGAUCAGCUUCUAACAUUGGUGGAUAUAAUUGCAUUUCAUAUAGUACGAGGCUAUUUCUCCAUUGAGGAACCAAUCAAGUCAUUACGCAAACACAAGACGCAUAUAAUCAAUGUUGUGGAUGUGUUGAAACGUGACCAUGAUUGGAUUUCUGUACAAUACGAAUGGUUGGCACAAUUGAUGAAGAUGAUUCCGUAUUCAAUUAUAACGAAUUUAAAUACAACGGCUGUGCUACAAAUGAAGGCGAAACUGAGAAACGCCAAUACUCUAGCAAUGAUGAGCCACUUUGGUGGCAUACAUACUCCAGAAUUUGACCUAAUUACUAACCCAGGUCUUGUGCUUGUCAAAGCUUACGAAAUGAGUAGCCAUUCAUCAAAGAGAAUAGAGUUGUUGCAAAGUGCCAUUGAAACUUUGGAAACUAACCAACUGAAUGCAUUACACAAGUCGCUGGUUUCAGGUCAAGAUAACCUCGAUUCGUUACUAUCAUACUUGACUUGGCUUAUAGGUGAGGAGUUUUUCGCCCAGGGGAAUUUCAAACAAGCUUCUGAUUAUUACGAAAUGGCUUAUAGCUCAUUAGGGCUGGCCAAGUGGUUGAAUAUCAGCCAUUUCCUCUUGAGAAAGUUGUUGCAAUGCUAUUCAAAGUUGGGAGUUAAGAAACUGGAAUUAAAUACGAUAUUGAAAUUGAGUACCAUCUCUAAAUGGUUUAUUCAGGAUACAUUGGUGCAUUCAGGUACCAAUGUUUUUGAAUUUGGUGAUGGGUCUAAUACUAUGGAAUUGGAUAUUUUAGAUUCCAAAUUGCAUGAGUUGUUUUUUGUUGAUGCGUUGUUGAUUAAUGAAAAGCUUGUUGGUGAUACAACCGUAAAUGAUGACAUUUUGAUCCAAAUUGACUUGAAAUCGAAACUAAAUUUAGACAUGAUGAAGCUCCUACUUCCUGAGCUGACUGAAAUCAAAAUUUCACUCAAUCAAAUUGAUGUGUCAUUCACAACAAUUGACGAUAAAGCUGGCUCUGGACCAAUAGGGUUGAAGAAUAUCUCCAUUACCAAUGAUGCAACGAAACCACGAACAAGUACCGAUUUGAUUAUACUCAAUGGACAAGAGUUGAGUACCACAUUUGCCGAUUCAGCCAAUCUUGCCAUCAAAUCGUAUAGUUCGCCUUUAACUAUUCAACAAGUGCAAAAAGCGACAACAGCAGGUCAUUUCCAAAUUGAUGUUGUCAAAUUACAAGUCACCAUUGAAUUGAAGCACGAUGGUAAAGUGAUUCGUUUGAACAAGAUUGAACUACAUCAAUCAUUUGCAAACUCGCUUUCACAACAAUGCAAAAUCAAGUUGGCUAAUGGUACAUCAAAGCCAAUCCGAUUAGGGAAUGAUGGGACAAAUAUAAUGGUUCCAGCACAUCAAUUGCUUGUCACUCCACCAAAGCCAGACUUUACGAUCGAGUUGAACAACGACGUUGAUUGCUAUAUAGUUGGUGAAAAAUUAUCAAUCCCGUUGAAAUGCAGUUUCAAAAAUAGAGGUAUUUUCCACAAAGCUGAAUUGAUGGCCAAUGUCAAACAUGGUGAUGUUGUUGUUACUUGGGACAAAUUGAAAGAUGAUGAGCCACUUGAAUUGGAAGCGGGAGAGGAAAGUGAAGGGGACGAGCUUGAGCAUCUGUAUGUGCAUGUGUUGCAUGUGUAUGCGAGAAACUGGUCAGGAGAAGUUAUGAAUAUCGAAGUGUCCUUAGCUGUAGUUUACGAAGAUGUUAAAGGGGGCAAAAACGGUACUAGUAACGAGGGGCGAGAGGGAGAUGAAGAUGCUGCUGUUGUCGCUGCAAAUGAUGCAUCCGUUGUGUAUACGGUGUUUGAUUUGCAAUUGCCGGUUAUUGCUGAACCUUUCAAGUAUCAUUAUUCCAUCAGUCCCUACUUGGACAAAGAGUUUCUUAUCAAUAUCAAAGAUGGUGAAAACGAGGGUAUAAAGGGGAAGGUUGAUGGUAUUGAUACUACCAAGAAUCAAUUCCCUCCAUUACUGUUGAGGCAAUGGAGAGGUAAAUUGAGACUUGUUGAUCAAUAUGCAUUGGCAGUUGGAUACGAAACCAAUGAUGAUAAAAAGGACAAGCAGUUACAGAAUGAUCGCGGGUUGGAAGUUGUUGAUGUAAAUUUCGACAUUAUAUCGGGAUUGCCUGAUUUGAUUUUGAACAUAAUGGCUAAAGAAGGUGAGUAUGAUGAGUAUGAUGAGUUGUUUACGACGCAACUUCCACCACUGGGUAAAAUAUAUCGAAAUGCGCAAAUAAUUACAUCAAUGGUUGUGAAAUGGAAGCGGACGCGCAAACACGGGCAUAAUAGUAAUAGUGAGAAUGAUGGUGGUGAUGAGGAUGAGGUGGUGAAUGAGUUUGGUAUAUCGGAAUGGAAAGUACAAGUACCGUUAGUUGAUCCACGAGUUUUGCUUUAUAUAAAGCAAGACCAAUCCAUCACAAGAAGCAAUGAUGAUGACGAUGGUGGUGUUUUCUAUACAUUUUACUAUGUGCUUGAAAAUCCUAGUGUGCAUGCUUUAACUUUUGUUUCAGAGCUUACUGGCUUGGGUGGGACUUGGCAGCUUGAUAAACCAAAGGGGGGAGACAAUGCUGGUAUGGAGGAAAUGCAAAAGUAUAUCAACUCAAAGCCGUUUACGAUUGAACCCAAUUCCCGCAAGAUUAUCCUGUUUCAACUAAAGAAAGUACAUAUACUGGGUAAAGAUGAUGGUGAAGAUGGUGAAGAUGGUGGAGAUGCUGCUGCCGCUACUGCUGUAAAGUUGCCGACUUUUAAAUUAUUUGAUAUAAACUACAAGGUGUAUUUGUAUGUGGUUCCGACUCAGUCUAAUGUCAAGUUGAAGGAUGGAAACUUGUAUCUUGUAUGA